GAGAAGCGUCUGGCCUGACCUUGGGCCGGACUUGGACUGCUACUGACGCGGUAGGAGGGGCGGUCGAGGAAAGGUGCCGCAGUCGAGACGCGUGGGGCAGGCCCGAGGAUCUUUUCAAAGAAUGGAAGAAAAUAUGAAGCUUGCUACAGUGGAAGACACUGUGGAGUAUCACCUAUUCCUGAUACCAGAUGAACCAAGAGACCCAGAAAAACACAAAGAGAUUCUUCAAAAGUAUAUUGAGAAGAUAAUGACCCACUUUGCACCUAUGCUGGUCCCCUAUAUCUGGCAGAAUCAGCCUUUCAAUCUCAAAUACAAACCUGGAAAAGGAGAUGUUCCUGCUCAUAUGUUUGGCAUGACAAAGUUUGGGGAUAACAUUGAGGAUGAAUGGUUUAUUGUUUAUGUAGUAAAGCAAAUUACAAAGGAAUUUCCAGAGUUAGUAGCAAGGAUUGAAGACAACGAUGGUGAAUUCUUGUUAAUAGAAGCUGCUGACUUUCUCCCUAAAUGGUUGGAUCCUGAUAAUAGUGCCAAUAGAGUAUUUUUCCACCAGGGAGAGCUGUGCAUUAUUCCUGCACCAAGGAAACCUGGAGCAGUAUCCUGGUUACCCUCUACACACCCUACAAUCCCACAAGCUUUGAAUAUAAUCUCAACACACCCAGAAAAAAUUUUGGCUUCAGAUUCUAUACAAGCUGCUGUGAAUAGGCGCAUUAGAGGAUACCCAGAAAAAAUUCAAGCCUCGCUUCAUCGAGCACACUGCUUCCUUCCAGCUGGUAUUGUAGCGGUGUUAAAGCAGCGCCCCAGAUUGGUGGCUGCAGGAGUCCAAGCAUUUUACCUACGGGACCCUAUUGACCUGCGAGCCUGUCGUAUUUUCAAGACUUUCUUGCCUGAAACACGAAUAAUGGCAUCGGUCACUUUCACUAAAUGUCUAUAUGCACAGUUGGUGCAACAAAGGUUUGUGCCAGACCGGCGGAGUGGAUACAAGAUGCCUCCUCCAUCUCAUCCCCAAUACCGAGCCCAUGAAUUGGGCAUGAAGUUGGCUCAUGGAUUUGAAAUCUUAUGCUCCAAAUGUAGCCCACAUUUUUCUGACUCCAAGAAAUCCCUCAUGACUACCUCACCACUCUGGGCUGGCUUCCUUGAAAGUCUGAAAAAGAAUGAUUACUUUAAGGGUCUGAUAGAAGGUUCUGCUCAGUACCAGGCAAGGCUAGAAAUGGCAAAGAACUACUUCCAACUCUCAGUAAACCGGCCAGAAAGAGACAUGUUGAGUAAGAAGUUGCUGCAGCCAAGAUCAAAGAGCUCUCUUGCUCUGAGCCCAGGUGAAGAAAUCUUAACCUUAUUACAGACCACACCAUUUGAUAUAGAAGAGCUUAAGAAGGAAGAAGCUAAUCUUCCCCCAGAAGAUGAUGACCAGUGGUUAGAUCUCUCACCAGAUCAGCUGGACCAGCUACUGCAGGAAGCUGCUGGCAAAAAAGAAGCAGAGCCCAUUUCCAAGAAGGAGGAACAGAACUAUGACUUGACUCAAGUCUCAGAGAGCAUGAAAGCUUUCAUAUCUAAAGUCUCAACCCACAAAGGAGCAGAGCUGCCUCGAGAACCUUCUGAGGCUCCAAUCACUUUUGAUGCAGAUUCUUUUCUUAAUUAUUUUGACAAGAUUUUAGGGCCAAGACCUCAUGAAUCAGAUUCUGAUGAUCUGGAUGAAGAAGACUUUGAAUGUUUAGACAGUGAUGAUGACUUGGAUCUUAAAACACAGGGGACUGGGGAAGAAGCAUCUUUAAAAGGAACUCUUAAUGAUCUCAAGUCAUACAUGGCCCAGAUGGACCAGGAAUUGGCAAAUACCAGCAUUGGCAAAAGUUUCACCACCCAGAAGCAAAUGGAACCUCUCUCCCAGACUACCAGUAAUAAUUCAGAUGAGGAAGAUUCUGGUGCAGGAGGAUCUGUUAUGACACCAGUGGACAUAGACCUGAACCUGGUUUCCAACAUACUGGAAUCCUAUAGUUCCCAAGCUGGCCUGGCAGGACCUGCGUCCAACCUUUUACAAAGCAUGGGAGUACAGCUGCCUGAUAACACCGAUCACAGACCCACAAGGCUGUGGCCACCUCAUCAUGACUGAACCAGCCAGCUGCCUCUAGUUCUCUCAAGUUCACCUGGAUCUAAAAGACAUAAAGAAAAACAGGAUGUAAGGUUAGGAGCUAUGAAAUUUAGAAUACUCUAGCCAAACGUGAGAAGAUGUUUCCGGAACUGAGCAAUACCUGGGAUCUAUAGGCUGGGAGUUUUAGAUAUUGCACAGAAGCAAGAGAGGCAUAAUUAAAAGGUGAGAGUUAAAUAUAUUUUUGUAAAUAGUGAAAAAGAAAAAAGUUCAUCUUAAAAAUCCUGGAAGCACAAAUACUGAAAUACUGAAGAGUGGUUAACAGUGAGGUGUAGUAUAUAAAUAAUGUUUGUUUUUCUUUGUGCCCCUAUUGAUUAUAUAACUUUCUAUUUAAAAACAUAAAAUUACUCUUCUUUAAAGGAUAAGGGAUAAUUAGUGAUAAUCAAAAGCGUAGUAUCUUCUUUGCAACGCAAAUUCCCCCCACAGGAAGCUGAGACAGAUGAGAUAUUACGAAUUCUAUGCAAACUGAAACACACAGGUAGGAACCUGUGCCCACAAUGCCAUCUGUCAAGGCAUGCUACCGAAAAGCAAGAUGAGGCCGGGUAAGGCAACAUCUAAAUCCCUUUCUACCAGAAGUUCCUAGGAUUUUAUAUAAUUAGUCCCCAACAUCCUAACAGACUUGAACAGUAAGACCCAUCCUGAAAUCCAUCAUUCAAUUCGAUUGAUAUAUUUAUUGUGUGCCUUCUCUGUACAAGAUGCUCUGUUAAGUCCUGAUGAUGAAAAGCAAACUGUCUCAUGACGGAGAUACAAAUAAGGAAAAAUGGUGAUUGUGUUGGUGCUCUGAAUUUUCAUGGAGAUUGUUUCCUUUAUAAGAUUGCAAAUUCUUCAAGGGACCAAAUCAUAUGUUACACAUCCUUUGUAUAAUGCAGACAAUGCUGGAUAACACACAUGCCUACUAACCAACUUGAGUGAAGCAAAGGAAAUAAACAGCAGAAGGGAAGCAUCAGAA